GAUUGGGGUUUUUUUUCUCUCUCCCCAAAAGGUUUCCAGCUUCAGCCACUCUCCCAACGGAUCCCCCUAUUCCACGGGAGCUGUGGACAGCGGCGGGAUAAGGUCCCACUACAGGUUCUCCCCCAUCCUCUACAACAACAACACCCACAAGGAUGACUACAUCACUGAUGUCAAAUCCCUGGACACCUUCCUGAGGAACGAGGAGGAGAAACAGCACAGAGUGCAGCUGGGGAGUUCCGACUCCAGCUCCCCUUCCAGCAGCCCAACCUUCUGGAAUUACAGCCGCUCCAUGGCAGACCACGCCCAGAUCCUGAGGAAAUUCCAGUACCAGCUGGCCUGCAGGUCCCAGGCUCCCUCAGCACACAAGGACGAGGCGGAUCUGAGCUCCAAACAGGCGGCAGAGGAGGUCUGGGCACGGGUGACGAUGAACAGGCAGCUCCUGGAUCACAUGGAUUCCUGGACAGCCAAGUUCAGGAAUGUAAGUCCCACCUCCCAGGGCUUUAAAGACAAGGAGAGUAGGGAAUUCUCACCUUGGCAUGAGCUCUCAAAUCCCAAAUCCCAU